AGGAGCUUUCAAAACUAAAGUUGAUCAAGACAAGGGAGGGGUUCUCACCCGGGGAGUAAUCCAAUGUGUGUUUAUGAGACUGAUAUUUGUUUUUGUGAUGUAUAUUUAAUAUUGUUUUAUUCCCUUGUGGUAGCAGGUUAUUACGUAAAGGCCUGGGCGUGUCUGGUUAACGUGAAACUUAACCCUGAGUUGUUGAUCUGGAUUUAAGUUUUCAUUUCUGGGAAGUGAAAGUUAAGUUGGUCUGACGCGAUGUUGCUCGGCUCGGUGCGCGCCUUUAAAAGCGGGUACGAGCCGAAGGAGAGGAGAGUCUCCAGCUGUGAUCCCAGAGGUGACAGAGGAAAGAAACGACGAAUCCCACCUUACAGGAGACUUCUGAUUUGCUGAAAACAUUCAGAUCAUGAGUGCUGCUCAGAGCCCGUCCACGUUGGAGUCCAGACUGAAUGGCCUGGAGUGCCACUUCACCUGGGACCUGGAUUCCAGCCGUUCCAGACUGAUCCGUACAAGGGACGCGCUGGAAGACAUCGGCACUGACGACGGAAACCUCUGGCUGGGUCAUGUUUACAACCUGCAGGGUUUUAUCUGCUAUAAGCUUGGUGAUGAAGAAAAGGCCCAGCGUUUCCUCAGCCAGGCCACCGAAGCCUUCCGACGGCUGAAGAACAGGGAUGAAGGUCCCUGGUUGGUGGUGAAUUUCGGGAAUCUGGCCUGGCUGCACCACCUUCUGGGAGAAGACGAACAAUCGCAGGAUUAUCUGUCAAAGGUUGACGCCCUGCUGAGGGAACACCCGUCUCCAUCCCAGGAUGAGCUCCACCCAGAGAUCUGCGCAGAGAAGGCCUGGACCCUGAUGAAGUUUGACAAAGACAAGAAGCAGCUGGCUGCAGAUUACUUCCAGAAGGCAAUCGAGAUGCAGCCGGACAUGGUGCACUGGCGGACCAGCCGCGUGAUUGGGAGGGUGAGCGCUCAGAAGCACAGUGACACAGACCUGGCUCAGGACAUCUGGAAGGAGAUGGGAGAGGCCAGAGAGCAGGAUCCAGAUGACUCGUACCUUGCUGCCGUGGAGCUGCUCAUAAAAGCAAAGAAAGUCAGCGAUGAAGCUCACAAGCUGGAGGAAAAGAUUUUACUGAAUCCUGUCAGCAGUUACAGCGGCAUGAACGCCCUGCUAAGGGUGUACAGAUAUCUGGGCGACAUCGAGAAGGCCAUCGAUUUGGCAGAGAAGGUUCUGCAGGAUCAUCCUGAUAAUCGAUACCUGAAGAGGUGUGCCGCACUCUGCUACAAAUGGAGAAUCCUUUUCUUCAGGGACAGUCGUCCAGACCCAUCUAGAAGCAUGAUAGAACGAGCCAUCAGCCUGCAUGAGCAGAUUAUCGCUCUUCAUCCAGAUUCUGCCCUUGUGAAGAAGCUUGACCUCGCAAACAUACAUGCAAAAGUAAGCGGGGGCCUACAGGAGGCAGAUCGUAUUUACCAGGAGCUGCUGAGGCUGGACCUUGAACCUGGAGACAAGCAGCUGGUCUACAACAACUACGCAAAAUACUUAAACUUCGACCGAAAGGAGCGGGACAAGUCUAUCACCUACCACAUGAAGACAGCAGAGAUCCGUCUGGAGUCCCACGCCAAGCAGAACAGCAUCCGAACGCUGACGAGGAUCAUUGAGCGAGGCAGGAACAAGAGGUGUAGAGAAAUCCAGAUGUUCCUGGCCAGAGGACUAGCCUGA